GGGAGCACACAAGGAUUUGCCUGAGGGUAUUAUAGUCACGACACGUGACUGACUCAUACGGUGCCAGGGUGGAACCUGAUGACUGAAAAAAUCGUGUGCCCGCCACAAGCCGCCGCAUGGAUAGGGUACUCCGCCCGCUAUGGCUGUCAAAUUUCCCCAAUUAUAUUGUGGAUAAACUGAUAAAGGAACGUAUGAAAAUCCUAACACCAAUAUUCAGAGAAUGGACAGUGAAGCUUCAACGGCCGAUAAAGAUGGAGCUGCUCAUGUCGUCACCAGUUCCAGAAAAAAACAAAAGGCUGAGAUGGAGAAACGGAAAUGUGAAAAAGCUCCUAAAAGAAUCCACAAGGCCGAGAGGGAGAAACAGAAACGUGAUAAUGUGAACACUCUAUUCUCAGAUCUAGCCAAAGUUUUGGAGCCAUCUGGUCAUGAUUAUGGGAAGGCUUGCAUGUUAAGAGAAACCAUACGAUUGGUGGGGGAACUAAUAUCACAGGUGGAUUCUCUCAAAAAGGAGAACACUGCUCUCACUUCAGAGUCUCACUAUAUGAGCAUAGAGAAGGAUGAGCUUAAAGAAGAGAAACAUGCACUUGAAGCUCACAUUGAGAGCCUACAGGCUGAAAUAGAUGAGAAAAUGCAUUCCCAGAACACCAAUAUUCAUUACUGCCAUCAAGCCCCUGAUAUCACUUCUUUGCCAGAUGACAAUCUUACAAGUUCUACAGCUGCGGUUUUGGUCGUUCCAUUACUUAAUGAUAACAGUGGGGUUGAGAGGGAAGAAGCAGCGCACAAUCUC